AUGUGUGUGAUAAAUGAUUUGGAUACUAAUUUUCCAGCAAUAACAGUAUAUCUUAACCGAAGAUAUAGGAAAGUUGCUUACAUAGACGAUGGAAGUACAACAUCUUUAAUUAGCCAGCAAUGCUGGGAAAGUAUAGGUCAACCACUUUUAAGAAAGACAGAAGUCUCAAUAGAAAAUACGCAUGAUAAAUUAGAAAUAAAUGGAGUAGUAACCCUUGAAGUGAAAUUAAGUGAAACUGUAAUAAUAAAAGAUGUUUUCUAUGUAGUAAAAGAUUUACUGUUUCCAGUGAUAUUAGGAAGAAGUUUCCUUAAACAGUUUUUAGUUUAUAUUCAUGAUUAUCGUAAUAGAAUAAUCCGCCUGGGGAAGAUAAAUAUUCAUACCAUACAGGAACGAGAAAUGAAAAUACAGUUAAGGAACGCAAAAACUCUGUUAAUAGCUCCAGGGAAACAAGGAAUCCUUAGAUUAACUAGUGACUAUUAUGGGGACACAGGACUGGUGAAAGUAAAACUGAAUCCGGAUAUAAAUUUACCUGAUGGUGUGAUUGGAUACAAAAGUGUGUCGCGAUUAGAAGACGGACAAACUAUAUUUUGGAUCAUGAAUUUGACUCCCAACUCUGUAACAGUAGAGAAAGGGGUGUCCAUUUAUUACGCAAUAAGAGCGGUAUUGCUCCAAGAAGAUGAGGAGAAGCACCUUCGAGUGAUAGCUUAUGCGUCUCGUACAUUAAGAGAUGUUGAAAAGCGCUGGCAAAUAACAGAAAAGGAGGCAUUGGCAGUUGUCUUUUGCAGUACGAAAGUUUCACCACUAUAUAUGGGGGAAGAAGAGAAAGCGAAUGUAUUAGCAGACUUGCUGUCAAGAAAUACAACGUUAGCAUUGAAGAUUAAGAAUGAAGAUAAGAGUAUGAUUACAUUAUUAACAAAAUUUAGAAACCCAUUAAGAAUGGAGGAAUGGGAACUAGCAAAGGAUGAGAGAUCGGAAUUACAAAAACAAUUCGGAACGGAUUUAAUGAAUCAAAAUCGCCAGCAAUUGAUAAUGGAUUGGCAUGAACACCCUUACUUAGAAAGACAUUUUGGGCAACAUCGGAUACGUGCUUUCCGCUUCAAAAAUUCUUCACAUGUCUUACCUAUGGUUGUGGAAGAAUCCAGCUAUCUCCGUCAACUUGUGACGGAUGCUUUAGAUACCGAAGAAUGUGUUAACGGUGGAGAAAGCAUCGUUGUGGAAAUACAUGAAACCAAAAUGGGCAAACGGAAGAAUAAUAGAGGGCAUCUUGUAGAUGGAGUCUGGGUUGUAGGCGGUGUAGAAAAAACGACGGAAAGAAGCGUUUUUGCUUUUCCUGUUGAAAAACAGAACAGUGAAACGCUACUUGAAGUCAUUAAGAAGCACGUCAAACCUGGCUUUUUAUUCACACUGAUCUUUGGCGAAGUUACAAUAGAAUUGAAAAUAUUUUAG